CGUUCGGACAGACGGUCUGCACCGUUACCAGUCGACGGUGUCUCUGCUGCAGUUUAACUUGUGUUCAGAUUUAUAUCUCUCACCGUGUUGUUUACCGGAGCUCCACCGUCAACAUGUCGCACACCGUCAUCACGACAACAACAACAACCAGGACUCCCGGUGACGGAGGUCUGAACAUGGGCUACACCCGGACCAUCCCGGGACUCAUGAAGAUAGGACAGAUGCUCGCCCUGCUCGUUGCCUUCCUGUGUGUCCGUUGUGCCCGGGGCUGGCCCAGCUGGGCGGCCUUCCAGUACUUUGAGGUGGUGGCGCUGUGGUUCCUCAUCGCCUUCCUCAUCUUCUUCCUCAUGCACCUGUUCAGGCUGCAGGCGAAGAUGCCGUGCAUCAACUGGCCGCUGACGGAGUUCUUUCAUUACUCUGUCGGGACUGUCCUCAUCUUCAUCGCCUCCAUCGUGGCUGCUGUGAAGAGUGGAGGAGUGUCGGCGCUGGUGGUCGCAUCGGUGUUUGGGUUCAUAGCCACGUUCCUGAUGGCCGUUAGUCUGUGGACGUCUUACAGUGUGACCUGCGGCUCCCAUCCAACUGGUGCAGCAGUGUAGUGAGUGACCUAUGAUGAAGGACCCAGGUGGAUGUGGAGGCAGUUUGCUGUGUCCUGGUUGAUUUCCUGCCUAGCAACCACCUGGAUAAUUAACCUGAUUGGAUGAUAGUUCAUACAAAGAAGUAACGGAGCAGCUGAUCCAGGACCAGCCGUCGUUUCCAACAGCCUGAAACGUAAAUGUCCCUGACCAUCACAGUAAAGCUCUGACAGGAAGUAGUUACAGUAUUACUCCAGAACAAAAACAUUUAUUUACCUUCUGAAGUCACGUUUUCAUGUUAAAGGUGCUCAGUCACAUUUUAAUCAUCAGUGUACUCGUAGAAUCAACGAAUGACACCGCAGUGCAACUAAUCCUUCACCUGGUACUGUUGUCAUGACGACAUUUCCCAUCAUCCCUGCUGUUUCCCACCCUGACUUUCCCUCCUUGGAGUGGUAGACAUGUUGGCUUUUAGUUUUCCCUCCCUCCACCGUCUGCUGGUGAGGAUUUAGAGAAGCUUUAUAGAAAAGUUGAAGCAGUGUUAGCUCUACAAGAACAGCGCUCUCUUCCUGUUGUGUGCCAUAAAUCAAUCCAGCCCCGCUACAAUCUCAUUAGUCAGAGUGCAGCCGCAGUCAUGAGUCGUCUCUUCUGUUGUUCUUCCUCUGUGGUUCACAGUUCCUGGUUGAUUUGCUCGAUUUGUGAUCACGUCUCAUCCAUUCCAGCUUUUUUACAUCCUACUUUCCUUGAGCUCAGUAAAACCCAGACUGGAUCACAGAUGUAUUAAACUCUUUAAAAAUAACUUUUUUUAACCGCCCAGCAGUGACAUAAUGCACAGUUUAGCCCUGUUAGCCUGCUAUGCUAAUGUUUGCUAGCAUACUAAAGUAUUCUAUCAUUCUAGUGUGCUGACAAACGUUAACAAGCUGAGAAGCUACAGAAAAUAACUUGCAUGCUAAUGACUUUUUUAGCAUGCUAAAACAUUACUCAGGGGCUAAUGUGUGCUAAAAAACAAUAGCAUGCUAAAAAAAUUAUAUGAAUUGAAACAAAAGGAAACAUUAGCAUGCUAACAACGCAAACAAACACAAGAACUAGUAAAAAGUGCUGCAUCUCUGUAAUUAAAAGAUAAACUGGUGAUCAUAUUUUUGUUGUUGUCAACAAAUCCCACAUGCAGAACAACAAUAAAUUGAUCUGCUAAGACGUACGCCUGGAAUACUCACUAUAGCACCCAGUGUGGAUUAAUCCGCCGCUGAAAAUAGUCCCCAACAAAUGCACUAUUUCCUCCUGUUUGUUGUUGUUUGUUGACAAGAAGAAAAAUAUGAAACAACACCAGCUGUAUCCUUCAAAUGUGAUUUCACUGCUGUGUUAAAAAUAAAGCGUGCCAUUGAUUGGAGACAUCAGUGGUACGAUUACCAUCCAGUGAACUAAAUCUUGUUUAUCUGGGUGCAGCAGUAACUCCCAUGAAGCAUCACAUUAACAUCCCACAGUCAGACUGUGGAAAUCAAUCUGCUGUUCCCCUAUAGCAGCCAUGAGUUCAGUAUCAAAGGACAGCACUUAUUACAGUUUCAUUACAGCGUGCUGUCCAGUUUCUCCUCACAGACGGGACCUGUGUGACUGUCCUCGGUGCUUUAAAGAAAACAAGCUGUUCCUCAUUUCAAUUCAAAUUCAAUCUAAAUUUUCAGAAAGCACAUCAGUAACAGUUUUAAAUGACGCCAUGAAAGAGAGCAGUGUUCAUAUUAGACUAAAAAGUGAUCAUAAAUUUGUACAGAGCCGUCAGGGGGUCAUAUGGUGCAGAAAACCACAACAGAUUAAUAAACUUUACACACUUAUUGAAAAAAAAUGUGAUAACAUGUUAACAAAGGGUUGAUAAAACAUAUAAUGAAGAAAAAUGUGCACAUGGGUUUUAUAUAGAUUGUAAGUACAGAUGUAUUUGUACACGUGGAUUAUACGAACAGAUUAGAAACAUUUAUGCAUGGAUUAUAAAACGUACACAUUUAUUAAAUAAAGUUAUGUAUUGAUUAAUAUAACCUACAAACAGAUUUAUACACGUGAGCAAGGAUUUAUAAAACAAAUCCAUUUUCAACCGCUUAUCCGAAGCCGGGUCGCAGGGGCAUCCCUCUCCCCUGCAACACUUUCCAGCUCCUCCUGGAGGACCCUGAGGUGCUCCCAUACCAGAUGAGAUAUGUAAUCCCUCCAGCUAAUCUCUGACAGGAGGCACCCAGGACGAUCCUGACCAGAUGCAAGAAACACCUCAGCUGACCCUUGACAUGAAGGAGCAGCGGCUCUACUCCGAGCUCCUUCUGGAUGUCUGACUCCUCCCCCUAUCUCUAAGGCUGAGCCCAGACACCCUACAGAGGAAACUCAUUUCGGCUGCUUGUAUCUGUGACCUCAUUCUUUCAGUCACUACCCAGAGCUCAUGACCAUAGGUGAGGGUUGGGGCGUAGAUGGACCAGUAAAUCGAACGCUUUGCCUUCUGGCUCAGCUCCCUCUUCACCACGACGGUCCAGCAGAUGCCGCACCAAACCGGUGAUCCAUCUCAUGCACCAUUGUACCCUCACUUGUGAACAAGAGCUUGAGAUACUUGUACUCCUUCGCUUGAGGCAGUAACUCUCUCCCAACCCAGAGGGGUCAAUCCACCGAUUUCGGGCAGAAAACCAUGGUCUCAGACUUGGAGGCGCUGACUCUCAUCCCGACUGCUUCACACUCUGCUGCAAAUCACCCCAGUGCAUGCUGGAGGUCACGGUGUGAUGAAGCCAACAGAACCACAUCAUCUGCAAAAAGCAGAGAUGCAAUUCUGAGGUCACCAAACCGGACCCCUUCUUCCCCCCGGCUGCGCCUCGAGAUCCUGUCCAUGAAUAUCACAAACCGGAUCGGUAACAAUGGACAACCCUGGUGGAGGCCGACACCCACCGAGAAUGUGUUUGACUUUGUGCCAAGUAUACGGACACAACUCUCACUUUGGUCGUACAGGGACCGGUUCGCUCAUAGCAGCGACCCCAGUCCCGUGUAAUCCUGCAGUAACCCCCACAAGACUUUCCGUGGGACGCGGUCGUAAGCCUUCUCCAAGUCCAGAAAACACAUGCAGACUGGAUAGGCAAAUUCCCCUCCAGUCUACAUGUGCAGCAGGCAGGGACGGGGACCGGGGUGUGCUAAAAUGUAAAUACACACAGACUAAUAAAAUGUGUGUGUAGAUUAAUAAAAUGUUUACACAGAUAUGAUGAAUAAAACAUGAUGCUGAUGAAAAAACAUGCCUACAAAUUACAUGCAGUAAUAAAUAAACGUAUAUUAUUAACCCGCAGAGAGUGAAGACAUAAAACGCAGACCUGAAUUUAUAAAAGAGACGUACAAAAUAACAAAAGGUGCACAUGCAUUUACUGAUUCAUUUAAAUAUGAAUCAAGACCUUGUAUGUAGAGAUAAAAAAAGCAAACAUAUGCAUGGAUUAAUAAACUGUAUGUGCAGAUAAAAUGGAACACUGGAACAUCCAGAUUAAAAGGAUAUAAUAACUAUAAUAGUUUUGAAAAGGCUUUAAAGUAACGCAGCAUUUAACUGUCACAGCGUCUGAAUGAAAGCACAAAAACUGCUGUCAGAAAAAUAGUGAAAAAACUACAAAUAUUCGGUUUGAUGCAUUUAAUCGAAAACAAUCAGAAGUCACGAAGCGUUUGUACAAUUCUCUCUGACUGUUAAAGCACAAAAUGUCUUAAAAUACCUCUCCUGGUCUGUUCGUCAUCCUCGCAUGUUGUAGUGUUUUAACUAUUUAGCUGACUGUGAAAAUUCACCUGUGCUUUCAUUUAGUGAUUGUAAACUCUUUAUUAAUCUGUUCACUCAGAUUCUCACACCAUAUGGCCCCCAGCUCGUCGUUUUCUGACCAAUCACAGUUCCUGUGCCAUUAAACUGAAGUCCUCUGAUUAGUUCACUAAUGGCAAACAGUUUGGUUUUUAGUUCCACAGACAUUUCUGAUGGUGAUUUGGUAAAGUGACACUGCUGCAAACUAGAGAAGUAUAUUCUAACCAUGUUAGGUUAGCUGCGUUCAGUGGCUUGAGAAAAUCAUUUGACUUUUAAAUACAAGCUCUGGAGCUUUGUUACAAACUUUUUUGAUUCGGCUGUUUGAGAAACUGAUCAACAAAACUUUAACUUGACCAAAAAGGAGCCAGAGUUCUGAAAUGGUAGAUGUUUUGGGCCUCAUUAGGUCCGAAUUUCCAGACUUGGCAAUUUCAUCUGAACCUAAAUUACAGGUGUGAACGCAGUCUGGACAUAACGGCUGAACCUUGGUUGGACGAAAAGAGGUGAUGUUGGUCCAGAUCAAACUGAGCCAUGGUUUGGGUUGUUUGUAGUGUGAAAAUAUUUUUCGGAUAGGUUGGACUUUCAGACCAGUUGCAGGAACUUCUGGCAGGCUGUUGUCAGAACAGAAAACCCCCCAAAAUGAGCAGUGGAAGCAGACGGGGAGGAGACCAAAUGUUUAACUGACAUCUGGUCUGAUGACUUUAUAAAGGGUCAGUUGGAAAAAGUUAUGACACUUUAAAAUUAUUACCAGAGAAUGUGAGAAACAAGCAGAACCAACUGCAUCAAAUGUACGUACACAGUGUAAAGGUCAAAACACACCAGCGGUGACCGCUGCGCAUCAAAAAAUACGCCUCUAUUAUUUCAAUGUACAACCCCACACCCCAACGGUGGCUAGACACACGCCGGCGCUCCUUGACACCCUGCCCUGUGGCACUUCACGCCACUGUUCUAUUUCCAGCCUCGACGCCCCCAAAAUUAAAUGCCUUUUUCUUCCGUGCGCUCUCUGCUUGUACAGACCAGCUCCUGUAGCAGCUCUUUUUCUCUGCUCCUAUGGCAGCUCAACCCCUCUCCUCACCAUGGAUGUAUAAAGAGAACUAUAUUCUGCGCUAAAAGACCCACAGUUUCGUCGUUAUAAGGACAGUGGUCAAAAAGAUACUUCUUUCUUCAGGUGAGAAAUCAAUUUUGAUUUGCGGCUGUCCACACAUGAUUUUAAGCUAAUGCAGACGUGGAGGAAGUACAGAUCUGUCAGUAAAAGUAGUGAUAACUUUAUGUGGUUGUCUGUUGACGAGCUGCAACGCAACACAUCCAAUGUGUGCUAGGGGCGGCACUUGACAUGGUCACAUGACGCGUCGCGCCAGUGUGUUUUCAGCUUAACAAAAACAAGAACCUUCAUUCAGACUUUAGGUGUGAAAAGACCCUUUGUCUAAAAUCGGCACAAUUUGAUUUAAAUCUGAAAUUACCAAAGAAUUCAACAGUCAAGAAGACUUUGAAUCUGACACGACAUUUGAUGCCAACUUUCAUCACUUGAAAGUUUUAGAUACUGUGUGUUAUGAACAUACUUUAAUCUGUAAACCAAAAAAGUAGCUAGGCAGCUAAUGUUAGCUUGUUUGCUCUCUUCAGUUAGCUUGCUAAUAAAGGUUCGCUCAUCGACAGAGACCUCAAUCAGCUAAUUUAUAUUGUAGUAUUAUGUAGCAAAGCUAAUGCUAGCAUAACUUGGUCCCAUCAUUGAUAAUGUCAGUAAUCUUACUUGUCCGCUAAAGCAACUUUUUAUAAGUUUUCUCUGAACUGUAUUGCCAUUAUGUUUUUGCCAACAGCAGCUAACUUGUUUACGCGAAAGUUUUGCUCAACGCUAAAGGUAAAGCUUCAUUAACUGGGCAAGAUUAAUAGGGAGGAAUGAUAAGCUAGUGGCCUAGAGUAAAACUAUCAAUGCUAACAGAGCAACAGCAGCAUUUUUGUGGGGAAUGAAUCAAAACAACUUUGAAACACUGAAAUAAUUUUUGGUUUUGAAUUUUGUGCUUUAGCUAGCAAGCUGAUUGUAGCCUCACUAGGCCCCAUUGUUAAUAAUAUUAACACAUUAUUACUUGUUAGCCAGAUAACGUCUUCACCUCAUUUUCUUUUGAUGGAAUUAUGUCAUAAGCUUUUCAUUUUAACACGUAUCUAAGUCACGUUAGCUAGCUUGCAGAGCUUAAAACAAACAGACAUCAGUGCCAUUUUCAUUUAAAUGUUAACCAGAGUUCUUCUUAUGACUUUAGAGUCAGUUAGCUAACCAAUGAAAGUUCUGAAAAACAGCAAACUGAAGUUUAACUCAACAUAUUAAAUAACGACUGCAGCUGGAGCAGGUCUGCCUCUGAGAAAUGUUUGUAGAAUUAAAAAUCAUAUUUAAACCUGGGUGCUGGAAGACAGAGGAAGUGGUCUGUGAUUUCGUGGGAAACUUUUCUGCCAUUUCUUGUUACAAAACUCUUGAUGAUGUGAAACUGAACUCUGCUUUCAGUCGGAGACGUUAAUCCUCAGAUUACUGCCUUACUGUUAAUCAGAUGCCAAAAAUCUUAGUGUGAUGCUUCGGACUUUGCACUGAAUGUGUCCUUACGUUUCCUCUGAAGCAGCUCCGAGUACAGAAUGAAGGAUUUAUGUCUAAUCUGGUUAAAAUCGAAUGUUUCACUUUGACUAUGACCACGUAGAAGUUUAGGUUUACUGAACAAAAUUAUAAUGGACUUAAAUACUUACUUACUUCUGGUGCAUCCCUUAAAGCCCCCACACACUGUGUGACAACAGUCCGACAGCUUCACCUUGUGUCCCACUGUGAGAUGCGUACGAUGGAAUCUUGGUUGAAGCAUUACAGAUUGUUUGAUGAAUGUCAAGGCAAAUUUAUGCUUCCUGCAUGUCCACAGGAUCAGCUGUGGUCCAUGUGACAUAAAUGUUGUCAUCUGCUGACGUCCACAAGGUCUACAUGGACCCCAAUGUGGACGUCUAUAUGCACCCCAAAAUUUGUUACCGUGCAGACUGUCUGAAUGUAUAUGCCAGCUGCUCAUGCUUCAGUUACAAACCAGUAAUUUACACACUAGUCCAAAUGUUAGUUUGUGCACGGGUGGUUUGCCAAGCAGCAGAAGAACAUUACAAAAUGGAUGCUUGUUUUGAAGAGAGUUGUGCAAGGCCAUCCUACGUCACCCACAGGUAUAUAAUUUGUCUUAUACGAAGACCGACAAAUGGGGUUGAACCCCCGGUGAGAAAUGACGCAAACGCUUGGGAGAGAUGGAAAUGCCCGUCACCGAAAGGGGAAAAAUCUGCAAGAUAGAUAUGUAAAGGCCAAGAAAGAGCUGAAAUAUAGGAGUGGAACGCCAGAGCGACACAGACCCUCAGUUGUAGUAUGUAUCAGGGUUCCUGCAGAUUCUUAAAAAGUCUUUAGUCGUAUAAUAAGAUCUUACUUGGCAUUAAAAUGUCUUAAAUCAAUCUUUCAAACGUCUUAAAAAUGUGAAGAUGUGGAAGGCAGGAUUUUAUGAUCCUCUUUUUUUCUGAUGUAUUGUAAAACCUCAAAAUAAUUGGUUCAAUCUACCAAAUGUCUCCUGCUCUAAUGUCACAUAAAUCAGAAUAGUCGAACCAACAACACUCAGAUCAGAAGAUGCACUGUCUGCUAGCUAGCUGUCACUGUACCCUGGACAACAUGGGGAAGUCCACAUUAAACAAAAAUUGGCCAUUUAACCAAGAUUUGUGGCAUGGCUGAAACCGAUACAGGACAGUGCACAUGAGGUGUGCAGUGUAUUUUAUGCCAAAAAAUUGUCUUAAAUCUAUCUUGCCGUCAGCUGUAGGCGCCCUGUGAAUGGAACUGUGUUCACAUCCUCAUGACCAGUACACGUCUGCAGCUGUCUGUGGAAAGUGACAGGGCGCUCGGGAGGCGUGCACUCUGGCAUUGGCGUGCACCUGCCGCACGUCUACAUUGAAAACAAUGAAUUCGAGGGCACAAAAAAUACGGCUUGUGUACGGCCCCUUACAGUAUUCACAAGUUUUCCAUCUAUGAUGCUGAAUCCAAAAUGCCUCUAUGCAUUAGUCGUCAGACAGUUUGGUAGCGUGAUUUUCUGUAUGUCAUGACGUGCUAGCUUAUUAGCAGAGCAUCGGUUGAUCAGGUUGACAUUUUAGAAAUUAAUCACACUGGAGUAUAAACAGGGGUCUGCUGGCAAUACAACAGGAUGCAACCAAAUUUGACUAAAUGUAAUUUGGACAUGGUCUGAAUCUGGUCUUGUUUUGGUACUGAGUGGACCCAUGAAGACGUUUGGGUCCUAUGCUCAGUACUAAACUUCUUAACUGAUGGCUGAAGUUGGCAGACGUGCCUCACAGUGUGAUUUACGAGCAUCAUUUCAGAUUAACAGCCAAACUGUCAGCGCGUCUCUCAGCCCAGAGUCACACAGUGUGUCGGGGUCUCUCCACUGUAACUCCCUGUUAUAGUCACAAGUAUUCAAAAGCUUUUUUCUACAAAGUUAAACAUUGCUGCUUUUCACUUUCAGAUAUUGUUUUUAACUUUCUGUGAUGGAACAAGAUGUUCACAUAUGCUGUGUAUUUGCUGCUUCAGUGUACUGUAUUUUAUUUUUGGUCAGGACCAGUUUGACAUAUUAAAGCUUUAUUUCAUUAUUAAUGCACUGAUACAACUUCUUAAACUGCUGAUACCAUUUUAGCUGAGCAUAUUAAAUGAUCAAAUCUGAUGUUAAUGAAUAUCAGGACCUGAAGCAUUUGAUUAAUUUCAUUGUACAAAAAUAACUGAGAUCUUUGAGAUUUAGUCGGUGUGCUUUGAUUUCUUCAAGAUUUUUUGUAUUUCUAUUGUUGAACUUUUGAUAUAUAAAGUUUUUCCAUCAGUAUCUGCUCAGUAUCCAGUUUUGGUAUCAAAUUAGGAUUUAUUUUUUUUUAUUGGUGCAUCUUUUUUUUUUUUUUUCACCCUAACACUGGGUUUUAUAUUGCUGCCUGGACGUUUCGUGUGGAACCAGAGUGAAUCUGUCUGUCAGAGUUUGACUCUUUGUGUUUAAGAAAAAGAUUUCAGCUCCUCUGAUGAUGGAAACUUUAGCCCCGUUUCCACUGAGCAGUCCGGUAUGGUACAGUUCAAUUCGGUCAUGAUGGAUGGUACCAACAGACCCGUUCCUUACCGUCCCUGACAAACAUAUCUGGUACUAAAAGGUGGAGCUAGAAACCCUGCAGUCUGAUUGGUCAGUAGAGGACGGUCACUCUGGUUUUAUGUAACCUCUGUUCAUACAUCAGUAAACUACAACUAUAAAAUGAAAGAGAAAAAAAUAACUUCAUUCACUGGGCCGACUGCCGGCAACUUUUAAGGUGGAACGUUAACUUGUAAUGUUACUCAAUGCAUGAGUUGAUGACGUGAAUCCAUCAGCACACCUUAAAUUUCACUGUGACAACUUUGACCAUCACUUUAGUUUUUAUAUGACACACACUUUUAGUAAUGACUUUAAAAAUAUAGAUUAAUUUGGAGCGGAUUAUGUGAAGGUCAUAUAUUCUAAUCCUCACUUCCUGUGGGCUACAGCAACACUAAACCCCUGAGCUUGCCUGAGAAGGACUAAAUGCACAAAGCUGCUAUUUUUCUAAGUGUUUGGUGGAAAUGGGGCUUUUGAGCUGUAACUGUCAACAUCUCAUCAUCAUCGUCAUCGUCUUUACUCCUUUUUGAAAAGAUUCUUAACACAUUAACUUUGAUCAAAGAUUCACUCUGGCUCCAGGCUGGACAAAACCAGACUGUUUACAUUAUUUAUUUUGGCAUGUCUGUAUUUUCUGAUGCUUAACGAUGCUAUCUUUUCUCACUGAUGCAAAGUGACCUGAUUUAAGGCUGUUUGUCCACUGGGGGAUACAUUAGGCUGGUAAAUGGUUCGUAGUUUGGUGUCUAAUGAGUACUGAUCCAGGACCAUCACAUUAUGAUCUUGUAUGGACAUUUCACGGCAGGCAGCUUAGAGACUUUUUUAGAUUGGUAUAAAGUAACAAAAAGGUGAUUAACCCCGACAGAGAAAGGUCUCUUCCAUUAAAGUUAAGAACAAACCUUGUAAAAUCAAAGACAGCAGAGAAUUUUCUUUCUUGAUUCUGCAGGAUUUUUAUAAAGGUUACUGGAAGGGACUUUAUUUGACGCUUUAUAAAUCCCUUAACGUUGAGCUUCAGAGUUAAAUCUUGACCUUGACAACAGAAGUUGACAAAAAAACCCAUCAGACUUCAAGCUCCAUCUACACCAAUCAGCUGAAACAUUAAAAUCCCAGAGAGGUGAAGUUAAUAAUACUGAUGAUGUUUUAAGAAUGCACUGUUCUGGUCCUGGCAUUUGUGUGGAUGCCAAUCGAUAUGCACCACCCACCCAAACACUGUUGCAGACCAAUUACACCCUUUCAUGGCAGCUCAUUCUCAAAUGGUAGUGACCCCCCGCAGCAGACAAUGCAACAUGUCACACCAUAAAGACUGCUCAGGAAUGGCCGGAGGAACGUGACAAAGAGCUCAAGACAUCGACCUGGCCUCCAAAUUCUCCAGAUCCCAGUCUGAUCAAGCAUUAGUGGGACGUGCCUAAACCACAGGUACCCCUGAACCACAGUGGAACGUCCUUGGAUGGGACUUGGCUCUGACAUGUCAAGGGGUGUCCUGUGGUGUCUGGCACUGGGGCGUUUGUGGCGGAUCCUUUGAGACCUGUCGGUUGAGAGGUGGGGUAUUUGCAUGUCCCACAGAUGCUUGAUGAAAUUGCAGUCUGGGGAAUUUGGAGGACAUGUUGACACCAUGACGUGUUUGUCACGUUCCUCAGGCCGUUCCUGAGCCGUUUUUGCAGUGUGGCAUGGUGCAUUGUCUUGUUGGUGGGCCACUGUCACCGGUGAAUGCCAUUACCGUGAAUUGUACUUGAUCAACUGUUUUUGGGUGGGUAGAGUGCGUCAGGUGGCAUCCAUAUGAAUGCCAGGACCAAAGGUUUCCCAGCAGAACAUUAUAACGAGAUGAUCAAUGUUUUACACUUCACCUGUCAGUGGUUUCAAUGUUUUGGCUUGUUGGACCUUUUGAUUCUAUCACAUGGUCUUAUGGUGUUUUCUCAGCACUUUAAGAACGUCUCGUCCAUUGCUUUAACAUUAUGUAGUCGGUGGUAUUGAGUAAGGAAUGUGUGAUUUUAUUGAAAUGAAUCCUUUUGUUGAACUAAGUUUGUAUUGACUCAAUGAAAGGAACCUUUCUCUGUCAAGUCUUUUUGUUACUUUGCGUCUAACUCCACCUCAUUUUUAUCACCUUAAAAGUCAUCCAGAAGAUUGUGUGCAUCCUGCAUUGAAUUGAGAGACUGAAAUGUCUGUGAUUCGUGAGAUGUCCAUUCUCAGUUCUGGAUCAGCACUAAUAGCUUCUGAGCUAUGACAUGAAAAAAACACCAGUAUGAUCCGUAAAGCAGGAAGAGCCCAGUGGACUCAGACGCCCUGAUAGUUCAGAUUGUUUAGGUUUUUUUCCAAAGUGCCUUAAUGUUCUGUUGUUGUUGAGAUCGGUCCAUUAACCUGCUGUUUGCAAGCUAAUGGGCCGACUUGGAUUCAGUGAGGAAAAACAAAAACUGAAGAAGAUAAUGGAACCACAUUUAAAAAGGCGAGGUCUGUGCGGGUGGGAUGGAGAAAUGAAGCGAUUUACUAUGUUUUAGAAGAAAAGAUGUCCACAGUAUUAUAAGUCACAUCACAAAGAGCUCACAUGACUUGUGUUGUUUUUCUACAUUUUUUAAAAGUGUGUUUAAACUACAAGUUGUGAUUUGUUGCAUGUUAUAAAUUAAAGGCUCAUUGCACCAUU